UAUUUGUCAGAUUGUCAGUCAUGUCACUAUUGUCAUUUGUCAUUUCUUAUUCAAUUUUUUUCUGAAUAGUUAUAAAUUUUAUUCAUAUAAUAUUUUGAACCAUGAUUUCUUAGACUUUAAAAUAAUAUAGUGAUUGAAAAUAAUUUUUAUUAAAUCAAUUUCCUAUAUUAAAUUUGUAUAUUAUAAAGUGCUUAAGAAGACUACGCUGAUAGAAAUAGUCAAACUUUAUCUUGAUGUAGUAUGGCGACAGCAAUUCAAAAGAACAGUAUAAAAACUCUUAGUAAUGGCAAUGGAAUAGCACAUCACUCAGUUAGCCAUCACUCAAUGCAGAGUUUUAAUAAUUAUGACAUGAUUCCAAAGACUGAAUAUAAACCAUCAGAAAUAAAGGACGAGUCAUUUACUAAUUCAACCAAAUAUGACUCUAUAGAUAUUAAAGAAGAAUCUACAAAUGAUUUAUUAACUGAAGAGCAUUUUGAGACAAGCCAAUCUGAACCAGAAAUAGAUAUUGUUAUUAAUAAUGUAGUGUGUAGUUUUAGUGUUCGGUGUCACUUGAACCUUCGUGAAAUUGCGUUGAAUGGAAUGAACGUUGAAUAUCGUAAAGAAAAUGGAAUGAUAACAAUGAAACUUCGUCGUCCAUAUACUACUGCAAGUAUUUGGUCAUCAGGCAAAGUGACAUGUACAGGAGCAACUAGUGAAGAAGCUGCAAAACAAGCAGCACGAAAAUUUGCAAGAUGUCUACAAAAACUAGGCUUUAAUGUGAAAUUUAAUAAUUAUAGAGUGGUUAAUGUCUUAGGUACAUGUUCUAUGCCUUUUGCCAUAAGAAUAAAUUCAUUCUCGGAAAGACAUCGAGAAGCUGAUUAUGAGCCGGAACUGCACCCUGGAGUAACAUAUAAACUUCAGCAACCAAAAGCAACAUUAAAGAUAUUUUCUACUGGAAGUGUUACAGUUACAGCUCCAAGUGUUGCCGAGGUGCAAGCGGCCAUAGAAUACAUAUUUCCCUUAGUAUAUGAAUUUCGCAAAGAAAGAUCCAAAGAAGAAAUUGAAAUGUUAGCAAAAAAGAAGAUGAAGCAAGAAAUUUAUAGUGAAACACACCUUAAACUUACUGGCGUCCAAGAAGAACAAGAAAUGAACACGGAUGAAGAAAACUGGGGAGAUUAAAACAAACAUACUGGCUUGGUGUAUUAGUAAUAUAAUUUAAUAACAAAAAGUUUCUCUCCCAUGUAACUCAAUCAUGUGAUUUUUUAUAAUUUAAUACCUUUAGUUCUGAAACAGGUCAAAUUGGAACUUUCGUUAGCGGCAAAUUAUGGAAAAAAUUGACAGUAUAAUAAAUUUAUUUAUUUUUGCCCUAGUUCAUAUAUCUAUUGUAAUACUACCGCUUUGUUAAUUCACAUUGUUAAAGAACACUGUUGAAGAACAGAAUGUUUUCAAUGCGAAUUACAUAAUUUACAAAAAUAGCUAGUCAGAUCCAAAACUUUGACUUUUCUCAGUUAUUUAUUGAUAUCUAUGAGACUGUAAAAACUUUGGUUUCCUUUUUUAAGGAUUAGUUAGAUAUUAUGAUUUUUAAAUAUUUUUAUCAAUAUCACAGUGUUGUAAUGGCAUUUAUUAUGAAUACAAGAACGAAAAACUGUAUUUUUAAGAUUCCUUUAAAUUGGGAAGAACUAUUUCCUAGUCACUUUCUUAAUUUUAUUACAUUUUAAAUCAAAAGCAGUUUUAGAUUUACACUUUUGUGCUUUAUUUUUGCUGCUUCAGUUUUUAUAGAAAAUAAUUUGUGGUGGGAAUUAAGUAGAAUCAGUAAAGUAACGUGCAAUAACUAUGCAUAGUAGUAGUAUUAAGGUACAAAUAUAGUAAAAAAGUUAUGUACAUUUUUUAUAAAAUGUAAAACCGAAUGUAUCUUAUUUUACUUCUUAAUAGAAAAAGCGAUAUUCAAAUACUAUUUGUAACUCUCUUUUCACUUGUAUAUUAUUUAUUAUUGUAGUACAAAUUAUUUUGUAUUUCCCGCCACUUUGUAGUUUUAAAAUAUAUUAUGUUAAAGUCUGUAUCUUAAAUUUUAAUUUUGAUCAUGAUGUAUUAAGAAAAAUAUCAAAUGAGGAUAUAUCUGUAACAUGGAUAAUUAUGGACUGAUGUUUAUAAUGUUAUCAAGAGGAAAUCAAGUUUCAUUUAUUUCACUCUUAUUAUUAAUAAGUCAUCGAACUGAAUCUCUUAUACAUAUUUUAGUUCAUAAGUAAAUUGUUAAAUAAAAACAAGUUGCAGUUU